AUGGAUUUUUUUUAGUGCAGAGCGCAUGCAGGGACUAUCGGGACCGACCCUUUUUCUUUGAGCAAGAAACUGAUGAAUGAGUGGAAGCGGCCAAGCCUGCCCUGCAUCUCAUUACCACUUCAGAAAUAAAAGCGUUUCUGGCGGAGAGACUCGCUGCAGAAACGGGGGACAGAAGGUGAGUGGUGUGGCCAUGCUGCGGUAGCAGCAGCCUUUAGGUCGGGAUGUCUGAAGAGGAGGAGCUGCUGAAUGGGAGGAAAAGGGAGAGCAAGAUCUGCUACAUCACUGAUGAAGACAAAGACAACGAUGGAGAUGAUGAGGACGAGUGGGUACACCGGUAUGACCAGUCCCACAGUGUCCCCUUCAGCUCCGAGAAUGAGGCUCAGGGAGGCGACUCGGCCGUGUGGCAGUGUACCCCACCCCCAUCUACCUCACAGUCAGGGGGGACGCCGGCCCGCCCUCCUCCCUCCCAGCCGGCCUCCAGACCCCGCUCGAGGCCGGCCAGCCAAAGCACCUCCUCUCCCUCCGCCCUGACAGGAACCAAGAAGAGAAGCUCCAAACCAGCACACAUGAGACGCAACAUCAGGAAGUUACUGAGGGAGCAUCAGUUAGAGGCAGUGACCAAAGCCGCCCAGCAGGACGAGUUGGAGAGGAGGCAACGUCUAGAGCAGCCGAGCAAACCUGAUUUCCCCGUACCACUGCUGCCUGAAUACACAACUGGUGAUGUGACAAAGCAUGUGUCUGCAUCAACGGCAUCGCAGCACGAAGUGAAGUCGGUCAGACAGGAAGUGAUCUGCCUGGACUCCAGCAGCACUGGCAUAAGUGAGGAUGACUGCAAGACUAACGUACCCACCUCCGUGGCCAAAGAGCACACACAAAAAUCAGAUGUGAUCAAUCUGAGCUCGGACGAGGACGACUCCAUCGACCACCUCAGCAGCGAAUCCAUCGAGGUAGAAGAGAGCGAGCAGAGCGGUGCGCACGUCAACGAUGCCCUUAACCGAGCGGACAGCCAGGGCCGGGUGCUGGUCAACCCGAACCAUCCAGCUACAGAGGACGACAUUUUCCUGUCAGCUCAGCUGGCUCGAGCAGUCAAACCACACCAGAUCGGUGGAAUCCGUUUCCUGUACGACAACCUGGUGGAGUCGGUGGAGCGGUUCGGCAGCAGCAGCGGAUUCGGCUGCAUCCUCGCUCACAGCAUGGGCCUGGGCAAAACGCUGCAAGUCAUUUCUUUCAUCGACGUCCUGUUCAGGCACACCCAGGCUCACACCGUGCUCGCCAUCGUACCUGUGAACACACUGCAGAACUGGCUGUCAGAGUUCAACAUGUGGGUCCCGCCCCUGGAGGCGUUACCUCCAGAUACAGACCCAGGAUUGGUGACGCCUCGUGCCUUUAAGGUUCACAUCCUCAACGACGAACACAAGAACACAACUUCCAGAGCCAAGGUGGUGGAGAACUGGGCUCGGGACGGAGGGGUGCUACUGAUGGGCUACGAGAUGUACCGCCUCCUGUCGUUGAAGAAGAGCUUUGUGCCCGGGAGGAAAAAGAAGACCAAGAAAACAACGGGGCCAGUUCUCAUCGACCUGGAUGAAGAGGACAGGCAGCAGGAACUGCUCAAAGCUACUGAGAGAGCCUUGGCCCGGCCUGGUCCAGACCUGGUGAUCUGUGAUGAAGGCCAUCGCAUCAAGAACUGCCACGCCAGCACAUCACAGGCUCUGAAGAACAUCCGAACCCGACGCCGCGUGGUGCUGACUGGCUAUCCGCUCCAGAACAACCUCAUCGAGUACUGGUGCAUGGUCGACUUUGUCCGACCAGACUUCCUAGGUACACGGCAGGAAUUCAGUAACAUGUUUGAGCGUCCCAUUCUUAAUGGGCAGUGUGUGGACAGCACGCCUCAGGACGUCCAGCUGAUGCGGUACAGGAGCCACGUCCUGCAUAGCCUGCUGGAGGGCUUCGUACAGAGGCGAGGUCAUGACGUCCUGAAAGACCAGCUGCCCUCUAAAGAGGAACAUGUGAUCCUGGUCCGUCUGUCUCCCCUGCAGAGGGCACUCUACACAGAGUUCAUGAACCGCUUCAAAGAGGCAGGAAACUCCGGCUGGCUCAGCCUCAACCCACUGAAGGCUUUCUGCGUCUGCUGCAAGAUUUGGAACCAUCCAGAUGUGCUGUACGAGGCCUUACAGAAGGAAAACCUGGCCAGUGACCAGGACUUGGACCUUGAUGAAAUCACUUCCACAGGUCCUGCCCGGUGUCCAACCACACCCAAUCAAAAGUCCAAGCGUCUGGAGAACCCUAACCCCAUUGGUGGACUGAGUCUCAACCAGCUGCAGGAGAAAGCCAAUCAGGUCAUCACUUAUGAAUGGGCAAAGGACAUCAUGUAUGACUACAAGCCCGGCCUCCUGGAGAACUCUGCAAAAAUGGUGCUGCUGUUCCAUCUGAUAGAGGAGAGCGUCAGGAAGGGAGACAAAAUCCUUGUCUUCAGCCAGAGUCUGUCCACACUGACGGUGAUUGAGGAUUUUCUGGCUAAGAGACCAGUGCCUCCCUCGCCCAACAUGUCCAGCAGAGACAAACCCAACCAGAACUGGGUCCGCAACCUCAACUACUACAGACUGGAUGGAAGUACAACGGCCUCAGAGAGAGAGAGACUGAUAAACCAGUUCAACGAUCCGUCCAACACCUCAGCAUGGGUCUUCCUGCUGUCAACCAGGGCUGGUUGUCUGGGCGUAAACCUGAUUGGGGCAAACCGUGUGGUGGUAUUUGACGCCUCCUGGAACCCAUGCCAUGAUGCCCAAGCAGUGUGCCGCGUCUAUCGCUACGGGCAGAGGAAGCCAUGUCAUAUCUACCGGCUGGUUUGCGACUUCACACUGGAGAAGAAGAUCUAUGACCGUCAGAUCUCCAAACAGGGCAUGUCAGACCGGGUGGUGGAUGACUUAAACCCUGUGUUGAACUUCACCAAGAGGGAAGUGGAGUCUCUUCUUCACUUUGUGGAGGAGGAGCCUGACUGGUCACAGGUCCAGCUGCAGCCCCACGACAGCAUGGAGAGUGUCCUCAGGAAGGCUCUGCUCCUCUAUCCGCACCAGGUUACUAAGCAACCAUUCCCCCACGAGUCGCUGCUGAUAGACCGCAGGGAGCUGAAGCUGAGCAAGGCUGAGAAGAAAGCAGCAAAGAAAGGUUACGAAGAGGAGAAGAGGGCGUCUGUGCCAUACACUCGCCCAUCCUACGCUCACUACUACCCUGCCAGUGACCAGAGCCUCACUAACAUCCCCGCCUUCAGUCAGAGGAACUGGCGACCACCUCCGCGUACUGAAGAGAAGCCCGGGGCCACUGUCCGGCCAGUCCAGUCAACUCCAGUUCCCAUGACACCCCGUCAGGUGUCUGCAGGCUCUGACCCAGGCAAUGACUCAUCAGGAUCCAGCCUCGGAGGUUUUCCUAUCAACUGCCUACAAAAAGCCGGUGUGUUUGUACAGAGGAUCGUCACCACUACUGACAUCGUGAUUCCAGGCACCAACAGCUCAACAGAUGUCCAGGCCAGGAUCACUGCUGGAGAGAGCAUCCACAUCAUCAGAGGCACCAAAGGGACUUACAUCAGGUCGUCCGACGGCCGAAUCUUUGCCAUCAGAGCUGCUAAUAAGUCCAAGACUGCAGGGGAGAGUUCUACAGCACCACCCAAAGACUCCCAAGCUAUACCGGAGGAAGUGUCAAACAAAAGCAGUAACGGUUGCCUGUCACCUGACAGGAAGCAGCAGGUACCCUUCAAGACUGCACCCCGCCCUCUUUCACCUGACGGCCCAGAGAUCAUCAGCGAGUUGCAGCGCUACACAAGUAGCACUGGAGCUGGCCCCGCCGCAGGCUCUGGAGCUCAGCCAGAGAGGGCAGCAGAGAGCAACAAGAACAACCUGCCUUCCACCAAACCGGUUCAGACCAAUGGCAGCAGUGGGAGCAGUUUUUCUCCUGAAAAUAUGAGCAACCAUGAUGCCUCUGUGAUUAGUGUACUCCAGCCCAACAUGGACAUAACUGCAGCCCAAGACCUAAGAACAGGUUCCAAGCGCAGCGCUUCUACCCCACCCCUGGAUGAGCAGCCCAGUAAGCAGCCCUCUGCAGGCAAACAAUCCUCAGCCUCUCUGGCCACUCAAGGCUUCCCCUUCACCGGGCGCUACGGCCUCCCUCCUCUCAGCCUCAACUCUGGCAUGUUGGGUGGAUCACUGGACCACCCACUCUUCAUGGGGGCAGGCUUGCCUUACUUCCAGCCGCCCCACACUCAACUGGGGGACCCCAGUUACAUGUACCCAGAUUUGUUCAGCUUUGGCGGAGCCAGCGCAGACCCCACCUCCUCUUCCUCGUCCUGCUCAACAACCACUGCGGCUGCCUCCUCAUCAUCUUCUGCAUCAGUCAAAGCUGCCAGUUCCGUUCCAGGAGCCCUGCCGCCAUUUAUGCUUUGCCCCAGCAUGGUGGGUAUGGCUGGGAUGCUCCCAGCAGGCUUCCCUCUGUCUUACAGUCAGUCUAUGGCUAGCCUCUACACAGGCUCCAUGCUCCCUGGAGGGCUACCGGGUCCAGCCGCCACUCCUGGUCCAGCUGGAGCCAGCUUCCUCUCCCAGUACCCUCCUACUGCUGCCUCCAGUUCCUCCUCAUCUUCUCCUUCAUCCUUUUCCCCUUCAGCGCGGUCUGAGGGCUGCCGGGGCCCGGUGCUUAUUAACUGCGGGAUUGUCAGCAGCUCCAGCAGCUCUAGCAGCUCUGAUGAUGAUGAUGAUGUAAUUGAGGUGAGGGGACAGUGACAGACGAAUGAUGAUAUUGUUUGAGUAAGAUUGAUUCAAUUUAGAACUCAUCGAAAUAGGAGGUCAUCCUGUUUUCCUGGAUUCAAAGGGCCCGUGCCCAAGGCCGUGAGUGAAACUAACAAAAAAAUAAAGGCAACUGACAUGGUGACAACUGAGCCCCUGCUAAAGAGUUUCCUUUGUUCGUCUCUACUGCCUUGGAGAAACAGUCUGAAUGGGGAUUGAAGAAAGACUGGACACAAGCUACUAAUCGUAAUGCUGACUGUCAGAAGAUCAAACCAGGGGAAGAAUGAAUGAAUGAAAUGAAAUGGAAAUCAGUGGACUUUGGGCUUCCAAGUUUUUGUGAAAAACUGGCAUUGAAAUACUAAUCACUGGACUAAGAACUGCUGAGUGUGGGCCUGUAGUGACCACAAAUGGCCACUAGUUGUAGUGUUUACUUUGGAGAUUCUAGUUCUGCAGCUUUGCAAAAUGUCAAGACUUUUUGCUUUUUUUUCAGCUAAUCAAAAAGGUGACAGUAGCGUUGAUUUGCUUAAAAAAAGAUUUGAAAAAUUAGUAAGCUGGUAGAAGUGUUUGUUAAAUAUCAGUAACUGAAAUGGUAUUCUUCGUUAGUUGUUAAAUAUUGCUACUGAAUAUUUUCUUCAAAUGGUAAAAAGAAAAGGUAAAGAAGAUCAAACUCAACUUAAAAAAGAAAAAAGAAAAAAAAAGCAUUUUGAUUGAACAUAAUAAUUCACUGCCAGGACAGAGGGGGUAUUGUAAAUCUUUGUUUUUGAAGAAAAACAACUACAGAAGUGGGAUCAUCUUGGAUUAUUGAAGAGGUGGUUGAGGCUUGAUGAGGUUAAAGGCAAUUACUGCAACCUUAAAACUGUAAUGGAAGAAUGUAUGCCUAAUCAAAUGCCUUUAAACCAGGCCUUUUUUUUAAAAACAAUACUCCUAUUUAAGCAUUAGACAUGGGAAGAUCUGAUUUUUCUUAUUUAGUGCAUUUUAUAUUUAUGUAAUCUCUUUUGAUUUUUAAAGAUCAAUCAUUGCCUAAAGACAGCCAGGUGAAAAGGAGAAGAAAAAAAACUGUGUUUUUAUGAGGUGUCCUCCUCGUAGCGGAGAAACAACCAACAGAAAAUGCCUUUUUGCCUCCAUCUUUCUGAAUGUUAACUGUGAGAGAGAGAGGAGGUAAAGAGAGACAGGCGGUCACUGCGGCUCUCUGAAUCUCACCCACAGUCUUACUGUAGCCUAGCGAAAAGCGAUGCAAAACACUCACUCAAGCCUAUAUAUGUAUCCGUACAACCCCAGAGGAAUUGAUCUUGCAGACCCCAAGCUUCGGUUACGCUUGUCCCGUUACUAUUCUUGUGUCUGUGUGUUGUUUUUAAGGGUUACAAAGGAAUCAUUUAAAAAUUUGAAAAAAAGAAACUUGUGUGAAUCGGUUUGGAAGCUCAUUCUGACAACACAGAUUGCACCUCUCUGCUCUGCUGUUUUUAUUUCCCUCUUUCAUCUCGUUUUGGGAACCGAGGUCAUUGUGAAACAGAUUUAUUUAUUUUUAUUAAAGAGAUGGUGUAGCUUUGCCAAAAAGCAAGAAAUGCACAAGCUAAUCAAAGACCUCCGUGGAAGAGAAUUGUGUCUUAAGAAAAAAAAUAACAAUGUAGAGCUGAAUUAAAACUCCACCACAGCAAACACGUUGUCUCUACAGCAUCCUCACAGCCGAGAAGGACAUAUCCAUCUCUCUGUAUGACCUUGCAGGUAACACUGUGCACUGUACUGCACUGUAAAAGAGACACAAAUCUGUAUGUAUACAUCUGUUCAAUGGUUGAAAGCUGGGAAAGCUUCAGCAUGUCACCAAGUUCCCUUUAAAUUUACUACAAACCAUCGCUCUACUGUCUCAGUUGAUCCCCUCUGAUCACACAAACCGAUCGACUACGGUCUGCACUGUCCUUCAAUGGAAAAGGUUCUCCUCCAAAAUGGCUGCAGCAAGAGCUUCAAAUUCCCUCCAGCUCUUUGGUUGAAAGUGAAACUCGGAACAUCAUCAACUAAAGACUGAGAAUUUCCUUAUUUUUCUCUUUCCUGUAUUUGUUCUUCAGGCUGAAAUUGUUAGUUUACUUAUGUUUCAUUUUUGUUCUUCUUUUUACAAUGUUUGAAUUUACCAAAUUAAUUUAUUCGUAACGGUGCAUAUUUAUUCAUUUUUAUUUUUGUACAAUGCUUCCUUUUUAUGCUUUUCUUUCUUUUGUUUGUACAUUUGUAUGGUCAUAUUACUAAUGAUAAAGUGACGAUCUGCUAGUCUGACCCAGUACAUGUGAACUUGCAUGUGUACCAACCAAUUAGUGCAUUACUGUGCACAUUUUAAAUACCAUAUCCCAUUAGAGAUAACUGAUCAGCUAUUGAUUAUGAGAACCCCCCCCCCC